CCUGUAAUAAAAAAAACUUAUGUCAUGUCAUUGUUGUUGAUUGAUUUUCUUUCUUCAGUCAGAAUUUGUCGUGUCAUUAUUCGUUUUGGGAAAAUCUUUUGAUUCACGAUAGAUCUCUAUUACAUUUAAUAAAAACAUUCACCAAUAAAGUGUUCCAGAAUGUCGGCUACUGCAUUAUUUGGAAAUUCAUCUGCCUUGGGCGGAAGCUCUGGUGGAAACAAGCAUUUAGUGGAAUUCCGUGCCGGUAGAAUGACACUAAAGGGUCGUAUGGUGCACCCAGAUAAAAGGAAGGGAUUACUUUACGUAUAUCAGGGCGAAGAUUCUUUGAUGCACUUUUGUUGGAAAGAUAGAACUACAGGGGAGGUCGAAGACGAUCUCCUUAUAUUCCCUGAUGACUGUGAGUUUGUCCGUGUUAACGAGUGCACUACUGGAAGGGUUUAUGUUCUCAAGUUCAAGUCUUUUUCUAAAAAGUACUUCUUCUGGCUACAGGAGCCUAAAACAGACAAAGAUGAUGACUACUGCCGUCGCAUUAAUGAGGCUCUGAACAACCCACCCACAUCGGGAGGUCGCGGCGGUGGGAGCGGAGGUGCUCAGGAUGGUGAACUACAGAACCUUCUGAACAACAUGUCCCAGCAGCAGCUGAUGCAGUUGUUUGGGGGUGUUGGGCAGAUUGGUGGGCUGUCUUCUCUUUUGGGCACUAUGGGCAACAACAGCAGCAACAGCGGCAGCGGCAGCACGCGGCCGUCCGCUGGCAGCGGCAACAGCUCCCGCGGAGGCAGCGCGCCUCGCACCACCGCCGCCGCGCCGGCCGCCGAGCCCGCCGCCGCUCGCACGCCGGCGCGACCGCGCGACACACCCGCGCCCACCGCUACCCCGCCGAAUACCGCCACCGCGACCCAGCCGCGAAGUGGUCAAAUUGUCUUAUCGGACUUGCAACGCUACUUUUCGGGGCUAGGCAACGCGCCGCCGGAGAGCGCGGGCGCGGCGGGGGCCGGGGCGGGGGCGGGGGCGGGCGCGCGUGUUGACCUCGCGGCGGCGCUGGCGUCGCCCGAGGUGGUGGGCGUGGCCAGCGCGCCCGCGCACGCCGCGCGCCUCGCGCCGCACCUGCCGGCCGCGCCGCCCGACACCGCCCAGGACGAUGUAAGGACCACACUGCUCUCACCGCAGUUCGCUCAGGCUGCCAACCAGUUUUCGUCAGCUUUGACGUCUGGACAAAUGGGUCCAGUGAUGUCUCAAUUUGGGUUACCACCUGAGGUCGCUUCAGCUGCAAAUACGGGCGAUAUGCAAGCGUUUUUCAAAGCCCUGGAAAAUUCUUCAAACGCCUCUGAUAGCACUAAGUCUAAAGAGAGCGCCGAUAAAAAGGAAGAAAAACCAAAGGACGAGAGUAACGAUAAAAAAGAUGGUGACGCUGGAAUGUCACUAGAUUGUGGUCAAAUUGUCUUAUCGGACUUGCAACGCUACUUUUCGGGGCUAGGCAACGCGCCGCCGGAGAGCGCGGGCGCGGCGGGGGCCGGGGCGGGGGCGGGCGCGCGGGUGGACCUCGCGGCGGCGCUGGCGUCGCCCGAGGUGGUGGGCGUGGCCAGCGCGCCCGCGCACGCCGCGCGCCUCGCGCCGCACCUGCCGGCCGCGCCGCCCGACACCGCCCAGGACGAUGUAAGGACCACACUGCUCUCACCGCAGUUCGCUCAGGCUGCCAACCAGUUUUCGUCAGCUUUGACGUCUGGACAAAUGGGUCCAGUGAUGUCUCAAUUUGGGUUACCACCAGAGGUCGCUUCAGCUGCAAAUACGGGCGAUAUGCAAGCGUUUUUCAAAGCCCUGGAAAAUUCUUCAAACGCCUCUGAUAGCACUAAGUCUAAAGAGAGCGCCGAUAAAAAGGAAGAAAAACCAAAGGACGAGAGUAACGAUAAAAAAGAUGGUGACGCUGGAAUGUCACUAGAUUGAUUAGUGUUGUUAUUUUUCCGCCCAAUUUGUGUUAUAUCAUAAUAUUUUCGGGCGAUGCUUUUAUCUUUUAUAUCUUCUAUGUGGUUUGUGUACUAUUUGCCAAUACCUUAAAAUUAAUCUUAUCGUGACAUAAUGUAUCUUCUGCUUUUGUAGCAAUUUAGUUGUCAACAAAUGUUUUGUUUUUGAGUAGGUAUUCUUCUUGUGCAUCCGACUAACAGUUCAACAUUGGAGUAUAUUCUGGACGAUUUCUGGUAAUAUUGAUUAGUACUGAAUACGAGAUUAUAAAUAAAUUAUAAACAUUAUGUAAAUCAGCAAUGAGAUUCAGCUGUUCCAGAAUAACUUGCAUGUACUGAGGUUAAUUAAAAAACAGGUAAACCUACGAUUGCAAAAUGUUAUUGAAACCAUUGUCAAUUUUUUUAAAUAAAUA